GCCCACCAGGAGUUCUUGGCCUCGCGUCGCCUGGCGAGCUUCAGCGUCUGCAGGCGGCGGCUGCAGCGAAGCCGGGUGUGUGGUUAGGACAGCAGCGCAGGGCCGGCCGGCACGAGGCUGCGGCGGCGCCCCCUCCUCGCGGAGCGCCGGCGCCGCCAUGGGCCUGAAUUCCAACCUGUCGAUCCGAGCUGACUGCAUCGCAGCUGUGGCACUGGCUGCUGGCACCGCCGUGGUGGGGUAUCUAGCUUACAAAAAGUUUAUGGUUAAAGAAAAACGUGGCAAAUCCAUGGUCAAUCUCAGCAUCCAGAAAGACAACCCCAAGGUUGUCCACGCAUUUGACAUGGAAGACUUGGGAGAGAAAGCUGUAUAUUGCCGCUGUUGGAGAUCCAAGAAGUUUCCAUUCUGUGACGGGGCCCACACGAAGCACAACGAGGAAACCGGAGACAAUGUGGGGCCGCUGAUCAUCAAGAGGAAAGAGGCGUAAGCGGCGGCGGCGGGCCGAGCCGUCCUCGCGCUGCCAUCGAUCGUUUGAACAAGAAGGAAGGUCCCGUCUGUCCACUUGCCUCCCCGCGGCUCUCGGCACGGCGCCCUCUGCCUUACUCUCGUCCAGACACGUGAAGAAUCUCCCCGUCCUGGAGGGAUGGGGCUCCCGUUCUAGAUAAUGACCGGCUACCCCUGGAUCUGUAUGUUGAUGUUCCUAUAUUAAAUGAUUUUAAAAUCA